GUUUUCUUUGUCUAUGACAUUCCUUUUGAGUGUUUGACAGAAAAAGCGACGCCGGCUUCGCGGCCUUUUAUUUUAGUGAAUUCACUAGUUUCCGUGCAAGAAAUAAAACCUGAAAAAUGGCUUACAAAGGCCCACCGAAAGUUCAAAAGGUGAUGGUACAGCCCAUCAACCUCAUCUUCAGAUAUCUGCAGAACAGAAGUCGGGUACAAAUUUGGCUGUACGAAAAUGUGAACUUGAGGAUCGAGGGCCACAUUGUAGGAUUUGACGAAUACAUGAACAUUGUGCUAGACGAGGCCGAGGAAGUGCAUAUGAAAACGAAAGCCCGCAAGCAAAUCGGUCGUAUUAUGAUGAAAGGAGACAAUAUAACGCUCAUCCAAAAUGUCAAUCCAAAUGCGACGACAGUGUAAAGUUUGGGUUAAAAUGCUGAACAUUCCUAGCUGUUAAGUGAAACGACAUCGUUUGUGAUUUGUGAAACUAUUCACCACUGAUCUAAUUCAAUUUUUAAUUAAACUAAGAUCUAAAAA